UAGUAUAUAUUAAGCUGUUGCGACGUAAAGCCUUAGAACAAACACAAACCACAAACCACAAACCACAGACACGGAAAGCUUUUAUAUAAAGUGGUUUAGCCUUUUAAGUCUUUUGGGUCCUCCUCCUUCAAACUACAAAGCAAAGAGAGCCUAAACGCCUUGCGUUUUGGCUUCGCCCGCCAACUGUUUGUCAAAAAGCCUGAACCAAACUUAGUUUAUCAUUUUGUCUUCAAAAAUGGGCAGACAACCUUGCUGCGACAAACUUGGCGUUAAAAAAGGCCCUUGGACUGCUGAUGAAGACAAGAAACUCAUCAACUUUAUACUCACUAAUGGUCAGUGCUGUUGGCGGGCUGUCCCUAAGCUUGCUGGCCUUCGCCGCUGCGGCAAAAGCUGCCGCCUUCGUUGGACUAAUUAUCUCCGCCCUGACCUUAAGAGGGGCCUUCUCACUGAAACUGAGGAGCAAUUGGUCAUUGAUCUUCAUGCUCGUCUUGGAAACAGAUGGUCGAAGAUUGCAGCUAGAUUACCAGGAAGGACAGACAAUGAGAUAAAAAAUCACUGGAACACGCACAUAAAGAAGAAGCUUAUCAAGAUGGGAAUCGAUCCAGUUACCCAUCAACCUAUCCAAAAGCAGCCAGAGAAUGAGAAAAACCAAUCCCCAAACACCAAGACCGAAAAUUCCACCGGAAACCACCAUUGCAUAGCGGAAAACGACACCAUUUUAGACAACUCAAGCUCCCCGCCGAUGACAGAGAACAGCAGCUCCAUCACCACUGACGAGUCGUCUGGCCUUCUUCUAGAUAACAACUUCUGCAGCAAUAACAACAAUGAAUCCUCCUUCAUAACAAACAACACUUUCUGGAUUGAAGAAGAAGCACUUUGGAACAAUAACCCACCUAUUUCAAAUGAAGCCAAUUUUUUGUGGGAAGAAAAUUGCUCUUGGCUUCUUGACUGUGAAGAUUUUGGUAUCCAUGAUUUCGGGUUUGACUGUUUUAAUGACUUUGAGUUAAAUGCCAUCAACACAACAGAAAUGGAAGGAAAGCACUAGAAAAACAGAAGGGUCAAAAAAAGAAAAAAAAAACAUAGUCAAGAUUAAAUUUCCUUUUUUUAUAUAUAAAAAAUGUUGUAUUUAAUAUGGACAUGUUACAAAGUACCAUGUACAUGAACUUUGGGGGGUAAAAAAAGGUAAUGUCUUUAUUCUUGGGUAAUUUAUUAAGUGUAGAAUGAGGGGUUUUGGAGGUUCAAGCUAAGUUGACACUUGGGGGAGGUUUUUGAAAAUAUAUGAACCAAAUAUUCCAAAACAAAAGUACAGAGUGACAUCAAAACAUGAGUCAUUAACAUGUGAUAUUGUUUUCUUUUGGUUUCUCUCUCAACAAACAUCGUAAGUUUCUGUAAAAUGUCUAGAGAGAGCUACCAUGCAUAUGUUUUAUUUAUGUAUAUUUGUCACUUAGUAGGCUUUCAAAUUAAACUUCCUUGUAAAACCUUUGUAUUUAUUCUGGCAAUAAUAAUAAAAGGAGAGAGACACAGAAGGAUAAGGUUUUUCA